UCCUGUCACUUUGGCAUUUUUAGUUUUAUUUAUUGCACGCAACCGUAUAAAACCUGGUACUGGUCUCAGUGCCAGGCUUACUAGUGGAAAACCUGAAAGGACUACAUAUCUCCUGGUGCAGCAAAGAGCUUCUCCUGCAAGGCAUUUGCUGGACUCCUGAAAAAUUACUUUGAAUAACAUGGCAGAGAAGGAUUUCAUCAGUUGGCAUCUACUAGCUUUAUUUUUUCUUCCAUUUUGCCUGUGUCAAGAUGAAUACAUGGAGGUGAGCAGAAGAUCUUAUAAUCCAGUGGCCAAAGUAUUGCAAAGUCACCACCAGACUGGCCAUAAAGGUUCCAGAAGCAGGGAAAUAUUGAAACAGCGGAGUCAACUCAUAGAGUGGACUGUUGAUAAUAGCACUUCUACAGACCACAAAGUCCUGAGACCAGAGGUAGAUGAUGUAGAACUGACUACCUCAGAUAGAGUCCAGCCCCCACAAACUGGACCGCAGAAUCCGGACUGUAGUUCCUGCUGCCGUGGUGACUUUGGAGUUCGACUUUACCAAGGGCCCCCCGGACCUCCAGGGCCCCCUGGGAUGCCAGGGAAUCAUGGAAACAAUGGAAAUAAUGGAGCAACUGGCCAGGAAGGAGCCAAAGGUGAGAAAGGAGACAAAGGAGAUAUGGGACCAAGGGGAGAGCGUGGCCAUCAUGGACCCAAAGGCGAAAAGGGUUACCCUGGAAUUCCUCCAGAGCUACAGGUUGCAUUCAUGGCUUCCAUGGCUACUCACUUCAGCAACCAGAACAGUGGGAUCAUCUUCAGCAGUGUCGAAACCAAUGUUGGGAAUUUCUUUGAUGUCAUGACUGGCAGAUUUGGUGCUCCAGUGAAUGGGGUGUAUUUCUUCACCUUCAAUAUGAUGAAACAUGAAGAUGUGGAGGAAGUGUACGUGUACCUGAUGCAUAAUGGCAAUACAGUUUUCAGCUUGUAUAGCUAUGAAUCAAAAGGGAAAGCAGACACUUCAGGAAACAGUGCAGUCCUAAAACUUGCCAAGGGAGAUGAAGUUUGGCUGCGGAUGGGAAACGGAGCCCUCCAUGGGGACCAUCAACGCUUCUCCACCUUUGCUGGGUUUCUUCUUUUUGAAACCAAGUAAAACAAUAGAUGCUUAUCUGAUGAAACUUCUCUUUUGGAACUGGUAUUUUUCUCUGGACUGUGGAAUAGCAUUACAACAUUGAAAGGUCAAGAAGGCUUGUACUGAUGCAAUCUAUUGCUAUUUGUGUAUCAGAGUUGAGAUGAAUACAUUGGGUAGCUGACACACAGAUUCACAGAUGUAUUGUUAUCUGGGUUGUAGCUAGUGAAUCGUUAAAUGUUGCUAUUGCUCUCUUCUCCAAAGUGACUAAAAACAAACCCAAAGGAAAAGGAUUUCAAAUAAUUUAGAGAGCAGUUUGCACAGUAAAGUCAAUUCUGUCUCUAAAUAUACUUCAAUUAAGUAUACGUCAGGAAUUGAAAAAUCGGUUCAAGUUUUUCUGUUCAUUUAGUUCUUAUUACAUGCUCAUUUAAGUUUGCAUCACGGAAACAGGCCUAAAUGAAUUGUAAGUGGGCUCAACUGAGACCAGGUUUAAAGGAAGAAGUUUUUACUGGACUAGAAUGAACUUUACAAAUAGAAACAAAAAAUGUGAAAUUAUAGAUGUCAAGGAUUCAGGUUUAUUGCAUUUCCACCUCCAACCUCUGAAGAUGUAUCUGGUGUCAUUUUUCACAGAUUUUUAGUGCAUAUUUAUGCUCAGUUUCUCUUAAAAAAGAGUGGUAGUAGUACUUGCCUUAGUAGCAGCUUGAAGCUAAGGUAAUUUAGCAUGCAGUGUAAUGGGGAUCAGACAGGGGAAUGUAACAUUUCUUCCUAGCCUUAAAAUUGUUAAAACCUGAUGCAACUGAGUGUAAGGUGUCAAAGCAGAGCCAUAUAUGCUGGAGAAGCUGGAAUACGCCCAUAGGACAAACAGAAAAACACAAGUGGUGUGGAGUAUGGAGCUCUUUUAGAAGGAUGUACCUUUUCAUAUUGCGUGUUUACUUAACAGUGAAGUUGUUGAUACAGUUUUCCUAGCAGCUUUCCAAGAAAGAGCAUUUCAGGAAAAGACAUUUCUGCCUGGCAAAGCAGCAGCUAACUCAGUUCAAUAUUUAACUGGUGAAAGCAAACGCUGGCUGUCUCAGAAGUUCUGGUCACAGUGAACUGGGCCAUUCUUCAGCAUUAAUAUUUGCCACUGGUUUUUCAGAACUUGGGUACCUGAGAUCCUGUCUUGCUAUUUUCUUUUCAUCAGAAUCAGCAUCAAAUAGUAACUAAGACAACACUGAAAUUUGAAUGUAUCUUCUGCACAUUCUGGCUCUCCACACACAAUCUAAUGAAAUAUAAAUUACAUUUUAACAGACACUGCAUUUUAACCAGACAUUACCUGCUGUUAAUGUAUAACAAGCAGGUGGGGUUAGGAAAACAUUUAUUUGAAAAUCUUUUAUACUGGAUACAGAUUAUCAGUAGCAUGACAUAGCGCAAACCAAUCAAGAUCUGCCCUAUGAAUUUAUAUGUCCUUGUAGAUGCUCCUAGUGUAUGUAAACCAUGUCUUACGAUGAAAAAUGCAUGUUGAUACUUGAUUAUGACUUGUGAUUUUUCAGUUUUAUGCAUCAACCACUGAAAAUAUUAGCUUUAAUGAACAGUCGUCUGAUGAGUUUUAAUGUCUCUUUAUCAACUUGGGUCAGGUUUGCACCACAGAGGUUUUCAAAAUAUGUGACCUGGUUAUUUUAAUAAGCAUUUUAGUAAAAUUCAGGCAUGCCUUCAAACUAAAACCCACCCAACAGGCAAUGAGAUAAUGUUACUCUUUCAGAAUAAGUGCACAAGUUGUAUGAGAUAUACGGCAUCAUAAGCUAAUGUUCACAGUAGGAAAAAUCUGAAAAAAAAGUGUUUCUUGUUGUGUUAGGAAUGUUUGCUUACUUUGUAAAACAUACAUUUACCCAAUAAAGAUUAAUAGUCAUAAAA